AUGUUCGAGGUCCUCGACGAUGACGCGCUGGGGAAGGUGAUGGAGCAGUGCAACAUGGUAGAUGUGCUCCUUUUUGCAUGUUCAUGCCAAAGAAUGAGGAUGAUUUGCGAUGGGGAAGAGCUAUGGAGGAGAAAAUGCCUUGAGUGCGGGCUACGACGUAGCAGCAGUCUGUGGGUGACCGAGGAUUGCGAAAGCCGAGUGGGGGGGGGAGGAGGAGAAGGAGAAGGAGAGAUCGUUUCAUCAAGACGGCAAUGUUUGGAAUAUUUCAAGUUGAAUAUAUUUGAAGGAAGGCGAUAUGUUGAAGUCCGAGGAGGCACCGAGGGGCUCUUGGAUGCCAUGACUCGAUGUCAACAAGAGUGUGUACUUCUACUUCACCCAGGUUACUACUCAGGGAGCUGGAAAAUAAAGGCCAACACAGUUAUCAUUGGUCUUAACAGGAAGAGUGUCGUCCUCGAGAACCUACAAACACUCGGUAACGACAUUGAGGUCAACAAUGUCACCAUUGGGAACAGUCAUGCUGGAGCCGCUGAAUCGAGUAAUGUAGAAUAUUCCUUUCACAGCCAACAUCACGGCACAAUCAUCCGAAAUUGUGAUAUCAAGGGAGAUGGAGGUAUCUUGUCUGCAGAAGACAGUAGCUGCCUAGUCGAAAAUUGUGAUUUUGAAACCGCAUGUGUAUCGUUCAAAGGAAACGGGGUGAUCAGGGACUCUAUGUUUGUGCAUCAGGCCAGCCAGAGACAGAGGUACCAAAAGUCUCCUUCGAUCAUUUUCUAUGGCCGCGGGAAUCAGCUCUUGAAUUCAGUUGUGCAUGGCAAGUAUAUCUCCGUGCUGGCAACCGCCGGGAGUCACUGCGAAGUCGGGCAAUGCAACAUCAAAGCAGGAACUUACGGCAUAUUCGUCAAUGGAAGCAAGAGUAAAGCGACGAAACUGACAAUCAAUGAAUCAUGGUACAUCCCUUCAUUCUCUGUCUACAACUUCCUGUCGUCGUCUUGUCUAACAUGGUUCUGCAGGGUGCAUGGUUGUAACGGCGCAGGAAUUUAUGUGAAGGGGUCAGCAGCAGGAGACAUCGAGGAGACGAACCUGUUUAAGAAUCUGAUCGGCAUUCUAGUCGAGGGAUGGGACCUUCCUUACAUGAAACACCAUCGCAUCUCAGACAGGGAGACCAAGACAAGGCCACGACCCUCCAUCAAUCUCUCAGGCUGUUUUCUCUCUGGCAAUAGAAGAAACAUUGAGACGAUCUCGAAAGAUCACAUCUCCCGGUCAUGGGACUUACAAUGA